UGCUCGCCGACGGGUCGCUCUGCUGUCGUGCUGUGUGUGUCUAUGGCUCAGCGGUGCUGUGCACAAACGCAUCGUUUCCGCCCGCUCUGCCUCUCAUCGCCCCAGCCCGACCCGCUGCUCGCUCAUCCCCAUACGAUGACGCCCUCGUCGACGACUCAAUCUCGCCGUACUUCCAGCGGCUCCUGGCUCCUGACGGCCGCCAUCACCCUGGCGGUGCUCGUCCGAGUGCUCGUCCCUGUGGCAUUCCCCGAUCUCGCCGAAACCCUGGCCUCACGACCCGAGGUCGCGACGCCAAUUACCCAGUUUCAGCGACUGACUGAAGGCGUUUAUCUUAUGCGCCAUGGCAUCUCGCCGUACGAUGGGAACGUUGUGUACCAAACCCCUAUCCUGUUGGCGCUGUUCGAAGCGCUGCCUUCGUUUCUGCACCGCUGGAUCUUUGUCCUCUGCGACAUUGCCAUCGCCGCUGCGAUCCGCCAGAUCAGCCAGUCCAAGGAUGAGUUUGACCAGAUCCUCAACGCUGAGCUUUCGGCCAAGCCCACGUCGCCAUCGAGCGACGACGAGAUCCCCGAAGACGUCGUAUCGGCCAGCACUUUGGCUGAGCGCAAGCCAAGCGACGGUAACGGCAAGGAUAACGAUAACGACAGCAGCAACGACAACAGCAACGGCGACGAUCGUGCCGAAUCCAAGCUCGAUCGGGUUCUGACAGAGUUGCAGACUGAGAAGGCAAUCGAGGCUCGAUCGCUGGAUCCGUGGCUCAUCACUCUGUUGUAUUUGGCGAGCCCGUUCUCGAUCGCCUCCUGCAUCGGCAUGUCUCUCGGAGUCUUUGACAAUCUGGCCAUUGUUCUGGCGGUGGACUUUGCCAUCCAAGGCAAGCGGCUGCCGUCAAUGGCGUUCCUGGCCUUUGCUACCUACCUGGGCAUGUAUCCGGUGAUCUUGAUAUUCCCUUGUGUGUUGCUGAUUUCUCGCCGGCGGAACACUGGAUUUUGGGUGACGCUCCUUUGGGCAGGGCUCUUCUAUGCUCUUUCGUUGGCAUUCCUGUUGGGGCUCUCUCGAUCGAUUGCGGGGUCCUGGUCGUUCAUCAAUUCAACAUUCGGCACCAUCUUGCUGGUCCCGGAUUUGACUCCAAACAUUGGGCUGUGGUGGUACAUCUUCAUUGAAAUGUUUGAUCAGUUCCGAACCUUUUUCCUGGCUGUGUUCCAGCUUUGGGUGGUUGUGUUUGCUGUCCCCAUCUCGAUUCGAUUCAAAAACUCGCCGCUGUUUGUCGUCUUGGUGCUCCUUGCGGUUGUAUCGACGCUCAAGUCGUAUCCGUCGUUCGUUGAUCUGGCCGUCUAUCUGCCGCUCGUCGGACUCUAUGCCGACCUCUACAAGUAUAUGACGUGGCUCUUCUUCUCCCUCUCCAUGCUCGCGUAUGCCACAAUACUGCUGCCUUUGUUUUUCCAUCUUUGGAUUGGCUUUGGUGCUGGCAACGCCAACUUUUUCUACGCCAUCACCCUGGUCUUCUCGCUUGCCCAGGUGAUUUUGACCAUGGACCUGGUCUCGGCAAUGAAGCUGUGUGAGUGGGAGCGCCGCCACCCUCGACAACGUAACUCUCGCCUCGAAGUCCACGACAACUGAACGGCGGUAUCCGUUGGACAACAACCCACGCCAUAUCAUGCUAUCUCAUCUUGCACGAUGAUACUGCAACGAAUGGGCAACACCGCUGUCGGCCGCCAAACAAGUGAAUACAUGGAGA